AUGACUUUACCAGUUUUUGCUUAUUGGGCAUUACCCAUAGGACUUGGCAUUACAGUGGGAAUUGUUGCUGCUAUUGCCACACAUAGAGAGGAGUUUGAAGACUUUUUGGAGGAUCAUGCCUUAAUUGCUGCAAAAAGAGUUACUGAAGUUCUCGAGGCUCAAAAAGCGAAAAGAAAAUAUGCAAAUACUCCAGCUUCUGAAUCUGUCGUCGAGCAAUACGCAACUUCAUCAAACGACUCGAAAAAUGCCGAUAUUACAGUUAAAAGGAAGGCUCGUGGAUUCACGAAGAAGGAUAUUGAUUAUUGGUUGUUGUCGCAAGAGGAAACUGGAGAAAAGGAAGAAACAGAGGAAGAGGAAGCAACAGUUCAAGGAUCUUCUACAGGCACUUCAUCAUAUGUUUUUGCUUCUCCGGUCUCGAAGAGAAGUUAUGCCAAAGCUACUUAG